CGUUUCUUCUUGAAGUAUUCCCUUCUAAAUGGAAUUAGUUGAGGUCGAAGCACGUUGUGAAAGGAACAGACAUGGUACAUGGGCGCAGUUUCCUUCACGCUGUUGCAAGUCUCCUCAUACUUGGGUUGUCUGGGGCAACGAAGAAGGAAGCAGUGAAAAACAACUCAGGGGUGCAGCCAGCAGGGCAGUGCGGAACGUGGGUGAAAAAUCCAGAGGGAGGGCUCUUCACAUCUCCAAAUUACCCCAACAAAUACCCCCCAGAGAGAGAGUGCAUUUACAUCAUUGAAGCUCCCCCGAGACAGUGCAUUGAUCUCUUCUUUGAUGAAAAGUACUCAAUAGAACCGUCAUGGGAAUGUAAAUUCGACCACAUCGAAGUGCGGGACGGUCCUUUUGGCUUUUCUCCGAUAAUUGGACGUUACUGUGGUCAGCAGAGCCCCCAGUACAUCAGGUCCAGCGGCCGCUACCUCUGGAUAAAAUUCGUCGCAGACGGUGAACUGGAAGCCAUGGGCUUUUCAGCGAACUACAACUUCACAGCAGAUCCUGACUUUAAAGACAUGGGCGUCCCCAAGCCUCUUCCUUUUUGUGAGUUUGAAAUGGGUGGGUCUGAAGGCAUCAUCGAAUCACAGCAAAUCUCCAAAGAUGGUAAAGCAUCUCAGACGGAGGCAGUGGACUGCAAAUGGUUCAUCAGAGCACCCCCUCGCUCUAAGAUCUACCUGCGUUUCCUGGAUUACGAGAUGCAGAACUCUAAUGAGUGUAAGCGUAAUUUCGUGGCGGUGUAUGAUGGCAGCAGUUCUGUGGAGGAUCUGAAGGUGAAGUUUUGCAGCACGGUGGCGAGUGACGUGAUGCUGCUGACCGCGCUGGGAGUGGUGCGCAUGUGGGCGGAUGAGGGAAGCCGCCGCAGCCGCUUCAAAAUACUCUUCACCACCUUCCAAGAACCCCCCUGCGAGGCAGAUACAUUCUUUUGCCACAGCAACAUGUGCAUCAACAACUCACUGGUGUGCAAUGGAGUCCAAAACUGUGUGUACCCUUGGGAUGAAAACCACUGUAAAGAGAAAAGGAAAGCUAACCUGCUGGACAACCUGAACAACACGAACGGCACCAUCAUCGGAGUGACUUGCUGCGUAGUGCUGAUCCUGCUGGUUGUAUCUGUGGUGGUUCAGAUAAAGCAGCCACGGAAGAAGUACAUCCUGCGGCGGGACGAUUUCGACCCCACCGUGUUUCAGGAGGUCUUCCAGGAGCCCCCACAUUACGAGCUGUGCACGCUGCGGAGCGCCGCCGCCGCCUCCGCUGACCUGGCCGAGCUGGCCGAGGACCUGGAGAGUUUCCACCGGCUGCGGAGGUCAUCGUCCCGCUGCAUCCACGACCACCACUGUGGCUCCAACCAGCCGGGCAGUGCCAAGGGUAGCAACCUCAGCCCCACGGCCAUCAUGACUGAAAUCCAGCCUCAGCCCGCGAGGCCGCUGCUGCCCCCGAACACAGCCAACCGCCGCAGCAUCCUGGUGAUGAAGCACAGCUACUCUCAGGACGCCUGCGAGCUGGACGACGAGCUGGACGAGGUCCCGACCACCAGCCACAGGCUGUCCAGACACGAAAAGGCAGUGCAGCGGUUCUGCCUCAUUGGGUCUCUAAGCAAACAUGAAUCAGAGUACAACACAACUAGGGUGUGAGACAAUCAGGCAGAUGCACCAUUGCCCUGCAUCUUUCCAAGUUUGACCGCUUAAGGGGCUAACUUAUAGCACCCUCCUACUGACAGGACUGUUGCAUUCAGCGAAUAUAAACGGCAUUGUGGUCGAACUUGCUUUUUCUCUGAUUGCCUUGGGCCUCUUGGCUUUUGGUGAAUGCCACUAACUCGUGUUCCUACGUUGAAUUUAAGCCCCUGAACAGUAUUUUAGCACCUAGACAGUAGGCGUAUGUCUACAACUCCUGACAACAAACUGAAAUCCAGGGGUGUAUUG